CGGAGCUCCGCUUUAACAAUCUUCGUUUAUGCCGUGAGUGUUCAAAACAGGUGUGUGUGUAGCGUGUGGCUACUCAACCAGAUGAAGUGAAUCAUUGUUGUUUUGACCAUGAAGAGUCAAGAAGUUGGUAGCAUGUCUCAUCACAUGAUAUUGUGGAUUUGCGUCUGUGUAGAGAUUAUUUUCUGUGCAUGUGGCGAGUCUUGUUUUCCUCCUUCUUUUUAUGCUACGGCUCCCCAAGAAAUAAAUGCGGGUCAUGUUCUGUCAAAAGUUUAUGUAGUUGGCUGUGCUUCCCAACUAAAGCGUGUUGAAACAAGUGACCCUGACUUUGCCAUACACCUAGAUGGCACCAUUGUUGCUCUCCACAGCACCGAGGUGCCCUCCGCUGGGAGGCACUUCUCAGUGUGGGCCCAGGACAGUGAUGGGAGGCAAAGUAAAAUGGAUGUCUACAUCUCCCAGAAGUCAACUCAGCCCCCAAAGACCGGAAUUCUGAGACGCUUCAAAAGAAGAUGGAGCCCUCCUCCCAUCAGCAUUGUUGAAAAUGACAAUUCAGGGCUUUCAAAGGAUAUUGAGCGAGUUGGAUCCGACUCCUCUGCCAACCACUCUGUGUACUAUGUCAUUUCUGGUCCUGGAGUGGACAAGGAUCCAGUGGGGGUAUUUACUGUGGACAAGUUCUCUGGGAUGCUGAGGGUCCACAGUGCUGUUGACCGUGAGGAAUGGCCUCAAUUUCAAAUUGUGGUCCAGGUCUAUGAUAGGUUUACUAAUAAGGAGACUGACCUACCUCUGCCUCUCACAGUCCAAGUGACCGACGUGAACGAUAAUGCCCCAACAUUCACUGGGUCACUCAAAUUCUCUGUUUUGGAACAGAGUGCAGGUGUUGUAGUUGGGCACGUUAAUGCAACAGACCGAGAUGAAACUGGCACAGAGCACACCAAGAUUAAGUACACUCUUUUGGAUGGCAACGACCUGUUCUCUAUUGAUGCUCAGACAGGUGUCAUUAAGACACGAACUGCCACACUAGAUCGAGAGGUGAAAGAUAAGCAUUUCAUCACCGUGGAGAUAAGAGACAUGAAUGGAGCACCAAAUGGUUUGUUUAACACAGCCACAGCCACGAUUCUUUUGGAAGACAUCAAUGACAACCCACCAGUUUUCUCAAAGACCUCUCUCAGUGUAAAUGUCAAAGAAAAUGUAGAGGGAGAAACUCUUCUACUCAGAAUCCCAGUGGAAGAUAAAGACCUGACAAAAACACCCAACUGGAAGUCUGUGUUUGCCAUUACCAAGGGCAAUGACGCUGGCCUUUUCAGGAUUGAGACCGACCCAGACACAAAUGAGGGACUUUUGUACCUGACAAAGCCCUUGGACUAUGAAAAGAACAAAGCUGUGAAGCUUGAGGUUCAGGCUCGGAAUGAAGCAGAGUUGAGUGGCACCCAGGCCAGCUGGGCCUCUAUCCCCAUAGACGUGAAUGUGGAGGAUGAGGACGAGGGACCAGAGUUCAUGCCCGCAAACUUGACACUGAGAAUCAAAGAGGGCCUGCCGAAUGGUACAGUCAUUGGCAAAUACAUAGCAAAAGACCCAGAGACCAGUAGUAACACAGGAAUCAGGUAUUAUGAGAUCUCAGACCCAGCUUCCUGGAUUGAAGUGGGUGAGAGCACUGGCGAAUUGAAGAUCACCAACACUGUGGACAGGGAGUCUCACUUAGUCAAGAAUGACAUGUACAACAUCACCGUGAAAGCAGUUGAUGCCAGUGCUAAAACAGGAACAGGAACCGUUUUCAUCAUUGUUGAGGAUGUGAAUGACAACAUUCCACUUCUCCCGACCCACGAACUGAUUGUGUGUGAGAAGGAGGGGGAGCUAGGCUCUGUGGUGCUGGUGGCAGAGGACAAGGACAAGACGCCAUUUUCCUCCCCCUUCCUGUUUGAACUGAGAAAGCCUUAUGAAGGCGAAUGGACACUGAGUAAACUCAAUGACACAGCAGCCACUUUGCAGCAGGCAGGCGAGCUUCCCACGGGGACGACGUACACAAUCCCUGUGCUGGUCAAAGACCUACAGGGUGAGGGAGACACACAGACGGUCACAGUGAAGAUCUGCCGCUGUCAGCUCAAUCAGUGUGUAGCCAGCCAGACGUCCACUGCGCUGGGGGUCGGAGGCAUACUGGCCAUGCUGCUGGGCCUGGCCCUGCUCCUGCUGCUUUGUGUCCUAGCUGCUUUCUUUUGUGUGACGGGGAAAGACAAGCCAAAGCAUGUUGAUGCACAUGGGAGUGGCGGAAUGCUGCUGAAAUCCAACACUGAAGGACCAGGAGAGGAGGUUUCCAACAUUCUUAUUGUGCCCACAUCGGGCAUAGAUCAGUCAGUGAAAGGUACUGCAGUGGACAAUGGCAUGUUUGACACCAUGAACUCCAUGGGAGUCAUGAACGCCACCUCCAUGGCAGGAGCCUGGCAGGACUCCCAGCAACCCUUCCUGCAGCAGUCCUCAGACAUGUUGGACAUGAACAGCCAGCAUGACUUCAGGGCAGAGAACAAUGUGUUCCUUCUUAACCAGAGGGACGAAGCCACUCUUCAAACAUGGAGAACAAAUGGCAUCUAUUUAGACAUGAAGCUGAAUUACCUGCGCACAGGUGAGGAUGGUAGAUACGCAGAUGACAUUCUUCACUCGUACGGCUUUGAGGGGGAGGGCUCUGUGGCUGGCUCAGUGGGUUGCUGUAGUGACCAGAACCCCAAUGACAAUCUGGACUUCCUGAACACCCUCGGCCCAAAGUUCAGAACACUGGCAGAGGUUUACAACAAAAAAUGAUGACAGUGCACAACAUGAUGGCAUGUUUUAUUUUCACCACCAGGAUGGUAAAUCCAACUCAUAUCUGUACUUAAAACCUAAAAUGAUAUGGUGAAUCAGUUUAUAAAUUCUACUCUCAUCCCCGGUUCAGAAAGUAAAAAUCCUGCCAAAUUAUUUUUCCAAAGAUUUAGUAAAUCAGCUGAUCAAAAUUAGCACAUCCCUUCAGUCAAGUAGGUCAGCUAAUUAGUGAUCACCUGUGUUACGUGCACAAGCAGAAGAAAUACAUAGAAGGACUUUCACUUUCUAAAUUCAGUGUUUACUCCACCUCUGAGUGCUGGAGAGACAUCAUUGCAGACAAGUAUUGGUUUGAUGACAAGUUUACUGUAUGUGUUUGUGUUGUGUAAAGUGCUGCUGACCUUAACUCUUCAUAACGUCGUAGACCUCUAAUGGAUGAAGUGAGUACUUUCCAGAAUGUUUUGUUUUUCGUCAAAGCUUUUUGCACUUAAUACAAGUACUAUAUUUGCACUGGGGGUAUCGUGACACAGUGCUGUAAAUUGGUACUCCAAAAAUGUCUUAAUGGCCAAUUUCAUUUGGAAUUCUCCUUUUUAAAUACUUUGAAGAGAGUUUAUGAUGUGUCACAUGUGUUAAAUAUAACACAGUUUCAUAGCAGGAGUCAGCAGGAGUUUACCUUUGGUUUGGUGUCAGAAUGGGUAAAUAUGUAUAUGCAGUUUGUUGUAAAGUUCUCAAUUUUAUAUACCUGUUUGUUAAAUAAAUGUUUCCUCUUGUGUGUGUGUCAGAA